UGGGCCAGCGAGCCGAUUUUUCGACGAAAAUUCAAAUUUUUUAUAGAAAGUAAACCUAUUUUGAGAAUAAAAUUUUAGUAGUAUAUACUUUGACUAAAAUGAAUCAAAAGAUUUUAAUUGUUUUGAUGCAUCCCUGGCAUUUUGGCAGCCCUUCAAAGUCAGUUGUUUGAUUGCAUGCGUGUGAAACUGAAAAGCGCGGGAAAGUUUUUGUUUACUUGCAAGCGUGCCAAAAUUUUGUGGUUUGAUCAAUUUUUUACUAAAAUUAUGGAAAAGAAAGGCCAAGAAAAAAGCUAACCUGCUAGCCCGUCUGUUGUGGAUUAUAACUAAUUUUGUGCCAAGUUGUGCCAAAAAGUAAUUAUGUGUCAUGAUAGUGCAAAGUGUAUAUAAACUAACUGUAAAAAGCUUUUUUGCUCCAUUUUGUUCUAAUUUGAAUAAAUCACUAAUAUUGUAGUUGUGGUUGAGUUCGCCUAUAAGCAACUGCUUGAUAUCUACAUGCAAAACAAUUGUAGCGCAUCUGCCGUUUCGAGUUGGAUUUAUUAUGAACUCAAAGAAUUCGAUUUAAGCACGGAAAAAAAGGAUGAAAUCAACACCAAAGUGAGAAGCUUUCACCUUUACAUUCAGAAGAACUUGGCAUAAUGUAAUAGAAGUAUGGCCAGAUUUAAGACAAAGCAUACCGAGUGGCUUUUGUCCAAUAUGGCCAUAACAGUAAGUUCAUUGUUGUCUUCAAAUCCUAAGCCGUUAACAUCAAGACCAGUUGGACGCCCACCCAUUGAAUAUGUUAACGCCGGUCCCCGUCAGAAGAGAAAAUUGGCAUCCGAUUUAGCUGUACAUCAGGGUCACAACACAUCUCUUCUUGUGCAUGCCGCCGCAGUUUCGGCCGAAAAAUCGAACGAGGAAGAUACAGCCCUUGUGCUAAAAAAUAUAUAUCUUACUCCGAGUGACCACAAUAAGGUUAGAAAAAAUCUUUUUACGCAGAAAACUGACUCGGUUCGACUAACGGAAGAUGAAGCCUUUUUUGAAUUCGUUCUCAAAAUUGCAUAUAGACUGAAACUUAAAAAAUGGCAAGUGAGAGAUGAAAAUGGAAAAAAAGAAAUGGCGAAACAAAAAAAUACGAUUCAGAAGAAGAUGUGGAAUGCUAUGGCUCUACAUGUGGAUAAGCCUAAGCAGAAUGGCAAUGGAAAUACAAACGACGGCAACACAGCAAGGAGGGCGUUUGCAAAACCUAAGCUACUAGCUGAAAUUUUAGGUCUUGAUGAAAAUCUUAUUGCAUAUUUUAACAGUAUCUUGAUUGCUAUUUCUUGCCACCUACCAAUUGAUCCAACACAAUUUAAAAAGUAUUGUCAGAAAACCGUAACACUAUAUAUGUCCUUGUAUCCAUGGUUUCCAAUGUCGGCAACAGUCCAUAAAGUGUUAAUGCACGGCUACCAAAUAAUAGAAGCAUCAAUCCUUCCAUUAGGUGUUCUUGGCGAGAACGCCUCAGAGGCUCGCAACAAAUAUUAUAAGAGUGACAGGAGGCUACAUGCUCGAAAGAGUACUCGGCAAAAAAACAUGGAAGACGUUUUCCACAGAGCAAUGGAUUCCUCAGAUCCUCUUGUGUCGAGCAUCUACCUAGCAAAAAGAUUGGGCCAGCAAAAUAAACUACCCCUACCAGCAGACGUAAUCGAACUUUUGGAAUCACCAAACUUCCUAUAUCCUUGUAACAUGGACAAUAAUAACAAUGCUCCCGUUUUUGAUGCUAACAAUAGUGAUUCAGAUUCUGACUCUGAAAAUCCGUUUACAAUAGAAAUUGAUGUAGAAGACGACUUUUAGGAACAUUUUUAAAUGUAAAAUUGUU